CUCUCCGGUCUUAGAACCCGAAAAGAGUAAAGAAAUGCUAGCUCCCACACAAGGCAAUAGCUCUACUAGUAAAUAUUUCGAGUACGUAAAACUUUAUGCUAUACUCACCUGUAAGGAUUUGGAUGAUGUAGACGUAAAAAAGAAAUUUAUUUCUGGAUUAUCACCUGACAAUAAAAAGCGUGUAGAAGAGUUUGGGUUUAAAAAACCUUUAAAAGAAAUAGUUAAAUAUUUAGUUAGAGAUCCAACACUUUCUACUGAAAUACAGAAAUACAAAGCGGGAGAGCUGAAACAAGGUAGUGAAUCGGUAAGGGAUUUUUAUCAAAAAUUAGAAAGGCUUAGAAAGCUCUCAGCGCAAGCGCGAUGUGAUAAGGAUUCUGAGCAUAGAGAGAAAUUAUUUCGCGGUCUUUCACCUACAAAUCAAGAUGAAGUCAAAUCAUGGGGGAUGUAUCUUCCUUUGGAUGA